AUGGUUAGAAUCGCUAUUAUCACGUACUCGACGUACGGACACAUCGACACGCUGGCUAAGGCAGUGCAGGCCGGGAUCGAGGAGGCCGGGGGCGCUGCGGACGUGUUCCGCGUCGCGGAGACGCUUUCCGACGACGUGCUCGAGCAGAUGAACGCGCCGCCCAAGCCCGCGGAGGUGCCCGUCGCCGACGAGAACACGCUCAAGAACUACGACGCGUUCGUGUUCGGGAUCCCCACCAGUUCGGGAACCUGCCCGCGCAGUGGUCCGCGUUCUGGGACAAGACCGGCUCGCUGUGGGCGCAGGGCGAGCUCCAGGGCAAGGUCGCCGCGUUCUUCAUCUCCACGUCGUCCCUGGGCGGCGGGCAGGAGUCCACCGUCAAGAACGUCAUGUCGUACCUUGUCCACCACGGGAUCACGUACGUGCCAUUGGGGUACAAGAACUCCUUCGCAGAGCUCGCCAACAUCGACGAGGUCCACGGGGGUCCCCUGGGGGCCGGGACGUCUCGCCGGUGCCGACGGGUCCAGGUCCGCUUCCGACCUGGAGCAGAGAAUCGCCAGGAUCCAGGGGAAGACUUUCUACCAGACCGCAGUGAAGUUCUUCCCGUCCGCGGGGGGCUCCGCGGAGAAGAGACCUGCCGCGAAGAAGCCUGCGGAACAGACCGCCACCAAGAAGACCGCCGCCGCUCCUGCUGCAAAGAGAACCGCCGCAAAGGAGGAACCGAAGAAGGACGACGCCAAGAAGGAGGAUGGUGGUAUGCUGUCCUGUUGUACUGUUAUGUAA